UACCUCAACUUUGGCAGCAGGCGUGAUCCUCCACAGCCCCCGAGGCCAGAUUACAGCGAGAGUGAGAUUUUAAGGGCCUACAGAGCUCAGAAGGAGCUGGAUUUUGAGGACCCGUACCAACACUUGGACAAGGAGCACAAGAAUGGCGGUUUCAGCCCGUGCAACGCAACAGUGAGCCUUCCCUCUUUCCCUGCUUUUGGCUCGGUGCUGCCAAACGGUGUGGAGGUGAAAGUCGUAUCUCCAAAACACAGACUAAUUAAAGUGGACUCCCAGGAGUUUGGUCGCUGUAAAGUUCCCCUGAGUCCGGUGACAGUUCAAGAAGAACCUGUGGUUCCCUCUGCACCAGCAGCAUCAGACGCCGACACGGACUACUCUGAUCCGUUUGAUGCACGUCCAGACCCAAGAGCCAGACCGAACUGGGAGCCCAAAUCUGCACCUACAGACUGCUGCAGCUACAUGGAGCCAUUUGAGGCCCAGAGGAUUAUUUCAGAACUGCAGCACAGCAUGAUGACUAACCGAUCAGGGAGUGGCGACGGCGGCCAGUUGUACGAUAACCCGUACGAGGAGAGGUCUCGCCUUCACCAUCGGGCUGCGCCGCCGACGCAACAGCCAGCCCAGAAGUUCGAGGGCGGCCUGAUAGACAGCAGGGAGAGCCGGCUGCCUCAGGACGACGAGAGGCCCGCAGAUGAGUACGACCAGCCGUGGGAGUGGAAGAAGGACAACAUCUCCAAAGCUCUGGCGGUUCAGUUUGAAGGAGCUGAAAGGGAACGCUCACGAGCUCAGACAGAACAGACCAGGCUCACCAAGCCCAGCACAGCGUCUACCACAUCGGAGUCAACUACGCUACGUCUUGUUGGUGACACUCCUCCUCUCCUGGGAGAAAGAGUGGACCCGUCUCUGCCUCUGGAGAAGCAAGUAUGGUACCACGGAGCCCUGAGCCGCUCUGAGGCAGAGGCUCUACUGACUCUCUGUAAGGAGAGCUCCUAUCUGGUGAGGAAUAGCCAGACCUGCCGGAACGACUACUCGCUCUCCCUCAGGAGCUGCAAAGGCUUCAUGCACAUGAAGUUCACCCAGUUUGAAGACGGCCGCUUCGUGCUCGGGGAGAACAGCCCGCCCUUCUCCACCAUCCCUGAGGUCAUCCACUACUACACCACACACAAGCUGCCGAUCAGAGGGGCCGAGCACAUGUCCCUGCUGUACCCCGUCAUAGUGCAGACCCUCUGACACUGACAAAAUACGUGUUUCUACUGGUGCUACUGAACACAAUAUAUACUCGGUAUUUACCCAUUUUUCCUCCAUGUUUUGUCACUGCCAUUCUACCUACUAAGUGAGUGGACUGUUUGAUGCCAUAUUUUCCUUUGCUGUUUUACCAUAAUCCCAGUAACUACACUGGCAACUUAACAAGAGUUAGAGCUCAGUGCCUCAUGAACGUACGCCUGUGAAAUGGUAUCGUCACUGAAGUCCAUGUAUUUUUAAAUGCCGCGCACUCCUGAAAAUCAGCAAAUAUAAUUGACAAUGAAAUGGGCAGCUGAGUAGUUUUAGGUCAAAGGGGAGAAGAAAAAUUCUCGAGAUGGUAGGAUUUUUUAUAAAACUGCAUGAGGAUUUGUUUCUGUUGCCCCGGUAGAUUUGUUUUAGGUCCAGACAGCAGUUUAUUUUAAUCUUUUAAUCGAAAAAAACAAAACGAGCAAACAAAGCUAUGGAGGUUGGGUGAUCUAAAAUCAGCGUAGACGGUGUAUGUGCAGUCGAACAUGUGCUGCAAUUAAACAGUACCGUUAUUGUUAUUCUUUAGAUACUAUUCAAACCAAACACUAUCUGAGGCCUGUGAAUGUUAUGUGACGCUGUAGUCGUCUCGGUUCAUCGUGUUAAUGUGUGAACAACGCAAGGCCACGCAGCCGUGACAUGUUAGCUUCACACAAUAACAGACUCCUGCAAUAACUAGUUUAGAGGAUAAUAACUGCAGUAUUAUACCAAGAGCUUGUGGCUUUGUGGUUAUUAUUAAAGAAGCUUUGGUAGAUUAUUUACUUGUGCUGUUUUAUAAGAUUGUAAAUGUCUGUUGGAAAUAAAGUUGUGUUUUCAAACCA